GCAUCGCUGAGGUGAGGCGGACCGCGGAGCAGGUGCGGGCGGCGGGCGCGCUUGGACUCUGCGUCCUGGGCGGUCGGUGAGGCAGUGGGGCGGUCGGGCCCUCGCAGACCGUGCCUCGCCUUUCCCCACUCACCCACGCCCGACCCCCGCAGAUCUGUCGAAGGCCUCCUCCCCGCCGUGCUCCCGCGGCCGGCGCCGUGGGCAUGCGGGCGCGGCCUGCGCGCGCGUGAGCGAGGAUGGGGACGCAGGGCAGUCCGGUCAAAAGCUACGACUACCUCCUCAAGUUCCUGCUGGUGGGCGACAGCGAUGUGGGCAAGGGCGAGAUCCUGGAGAGCCUACAGGACGGCGCGGCCGAGUCCCCGUACGCCUACAGCAACGGGAUCGACUACAAGACGACUACCAUCCUGCUGGAUGGCCGGCGGGUCAAGCUGGAGCUCUGGGACACGUCGGGCCAAGGCAGGUUCUGCACCAUCUUCAGGUCCUACUCCAGAGGCGCACAGGGGAUCCUCCUGGUAUAUGAUAUCACCAACCGCUGGUCCUUCGAUGGCAUUGACCGAUGGAUCAAGGAGAUUGAUGAGCAUGCACCUGGGGUCCCCCGGAUCCUGGUUGGGAAUCGGCUGCACCUGGCUUUCAAGCGGCAAGUUCCAACAGAGCAGGCACGUGCCUACGCAGAAAAGAACUGCAUGACCUUCUUCGAGGUCAGCCCGUUGUGCAACUUCAAUGUCACCGAGUCCUUCACUGAGCUGUCCCGUAUCGUGCUCAUGCGGCAUGGCAUGGAGAAGAUCUGGAGGCCCAACCGAGUGUUCAGCCUGCAGGACCUCUGCUGCCGUGCCAUCGUCUCCUGCACUCCCGUGCACCUCAUCGACAAGCUCCCACUGCCUGUCACCAUCAAGAGCCACCUCAAGUCCUUCUCGAUGGCCAAUGGCAUGAAUGCCGUGAUGAUGCAUGGGCGUUCCUACUCUCUGGCCAGUGGGGCGGGGGGUGGCGGCAGCAAGGGCAACAGCCUCAAGAGGUCUAAGUCCAUCCGUCCCCCCCAGAGCCCACCCCAGAACUGCUCCAGGAGCAACUGCAAGAUCUCCUAGCAGGGGAGGCAGGCACCGCCCAUCCGGACACGCUUGGGGAGUGAGGUCUCAGGCUUGGGGAAGCUCCUUGCUGGGCGCUCGGGCGGCACCAUGUGCAGGGAAGACUGGCCACAUGACCCCUCCUGGGAGCGUGGAGCACACCUAGUAGGCAGGUGGUCUCAGCCAGAGGAGCCCUGUAGGACAGCAGAGGCUGGGUCUCUAAACAAGCCCAAGUCCCCACAUGCUGUUCCUGGUCCCACCUCGAGGGAACUGUCCUGGGGUCCCGUGGGGCCUGGCUCACUUAUUUAUAUAGAAGACAUUUCACCACUUUUAUACCUUUUUUAAAGGGCCGACAGGGAAGCCUUAAUGCAGCCAUGGGGUGAGCUCAUGUCUGCUCGUGGGGAUGACCUUUGGGACAUUGGAGAGGGUAGAACUGGAGGCAAAGAUGGGAAGGAAUUUACCGUCACUUACACUUCACGUGGAGUGUGGACUAUGCAAGGCCCAGUGGGGACACAUGGAGCUCUGGGCAGCACUCUUGGACCCCGCUACCUGUGCCAGCCUUUCUGAGUAUUGUGGCUAGUGUGCCUACCACACAGUGCUGGUCAGUGGUGCGGGUGUGGGCCCGGCAGUCUGCACAAUGGGGUGAUGUUCCUGUGUGUCAUGGAGCCAUGGACUCCAAGCAGAAUGUCAAUGUUUCUGGGAGAAAAAAGAAGUGGGGUGCACCUCCCUCCCUGCGUGGAGGCACUUUUACACGUUGCUACGUGAGAUGGGCUCUGCAUCUCUGUGUGUGAUGCAGAGCUGUCUGUAGGCAAUGAAUACUUGAGGGGUUGCCAGGUGCUCUGCAGGUUUGGACUGAGUCUUGGCCCACUCGCCUCUGGGCGUCUGGAUCCCACUCUUGCCAGCUUCUGUUCCCUGACCUUGGUUAUCACCCCAUAGCUGCUCCUCACCUGGCAUCGCCCCUCUUUGAGGUCACAUGUCACCAGAACCAUUUCUUAGUGAUGCCACCUGGAGCAGUCAAAGCAGUGGACCUCCUCCAUGAUCUGGCAGCCAACCCUGAGCUGGAGGCCUUCAUUCCUUCCACCUGCCUGGCUGGUGACAUGACCACCAGUCACACUGGUGCUCAACUCUACCUCCUGCUGGGCUCCCCUGGGACUCCUCUGUGGAGGGAGCCCUAUGCCUGCUGUUCUGGGAGGCAGGUUGGGCAGGGGUCUGCGGCCCUUGUGAGCAGAGGUGCCUGGGGGCUCUGCUCAAGGCCUAGCCACCAGCAGGGUCAGGCAGAGGAGGCCCUGCCUGUCCUGUCCUGCCAACGGAGCCCCUUUCUUUGUAUUUUGAACCAAAUAACAUGGACUUUGUUGUGAGGGUGUGGACGGUCCUGCGUUCACCACAUAAACACUACCCUUUGCUGCUGACACUCGCACCAUUCCUGAGCUCAUUUUGGACGGUUUUUGUUUCUUUGUACAGUAAAUGUAAGCUCUGACCUCCAGGCUACAUUUUAUGUGAAUUAAAGUCUCUGGUUUUAA